GACCACAGGAGCUGAAGCCUGUGUUGGCGGGCUGCGGGCCACUUGCUUGCAUAUGCCUCAUCGAAGUUAACUUGCAUGCUCAGCUCAUUCCCUUCCUUAGCUCUCCUGCUUCCGCCAUUGCUAGCUUUGGCCGACCAUGUCACCUCAUCAUCGGCAUUUUACGUCCCAGUUUUCUUCUUCUUAUUAUGCCCCCGUGCGACCCCAAAGAAGGAGAGAACUGAAGCUGCUUCCACUGCCUGAUUAUUCCCCAACCAGUUGUUACCAUUCAGGUCAUCUCCGACUAGUCUCACCUGCAGUGCCCUACGAGCGAGCACUGUCAGCACUUGUUGGUCGCCAUUCCUAUCCCACCAGCAGCCAUGGCGGCCGUGACGACAACGCCAUCGUCGAAACCAAGGAAAGUAGGAGAAGACCAAGGAAGGGGAAGAAAACAGCGCCCAACCAAGGCGUGCGUGCACCAUCGUCGUCGGAGUUGUCGACUAGGACGGCGCAGAGCGGCGACCCCCUUGGGCGAAAGGAGCUGGGGCAACACGUGGUGCACUGGCUGAAGCAGGGCAUGCGCCAGAUGGCCUCUGAAUUCGCUUCCUCAGACCAGCCAGAGACACAAGGUAACAAGGCAUUCCUGUGGUCUGAUGGUGGGCACGCGGCCCACGCGGGGUUUGUAGCGCAGGCACAGGCACACCUUUCUGCCACUCCCAUGCCCAAGGGACAGGACGCUCUGUGCCGCACGGCCUCCGCUCACUACCCCACGCUGUUCGACAACUUCCAGAGAGAGCUCCGCGAUGUCCUGCUGCGGCGGUAACAAGAGGGCCUUCUUGUUGAUGAUGACUGGCGCUCUACACGCUCGUGGGCGCUUCUGAAAGAGAUGGCUAGAUCGGCGGAGCAUCGGACGGCCGCACGCCGGUCUACUGCUCCUGUUCUGCACACCACGCUUGGCGUCAGCUUGGAGAAGACGAGGCUGAUGCAGGCUAGAAUCGAUGGCUUUGUUCAGCAAAUGACCGGCCUUCUUCGGCUAGAACGAGAUGCGGAGCUGGAACUGGCCCAGGAUCAUGAGGUGAGUGCCGCCGGUACAGUGAUGGAUGGAAUGCCGAAAAAGCCAGUGGUAGCUCAUGGUCAGGCCCAAGAGGAUGGUGACACCAUUUGCAAUUUGAGAGUCAUCAGCAGCUCAACCGGAUUAACUGGUCAACAUCUAGUCUUAUUCAGAGCCGAGGGAAGCCACAGACUUCCUGCAACCAGACUCUCCCCUGGAGACACGGUUUGCGUGAGAGCAUGCGACAGCCAGGGCGAGGUUGCCGCUUCAACUCCUUGCUUGCAAGCCUCCGUCCAUAAUCUCGGUGAGGAUGGACGCAGCAUUACGGUUGCAUUCAGAUCACGCCGCGGCGGUGAACCUGCCUUCUCCAGGUUCCCAGGGAAAUUUGCGCGUAUUGAUCGCAUACAGGCUCUAGCAGAUGCAGUUACAUACGAGCGCAACUGCGAAGCACUGAUGGCUCUUCAGAAGAGAGGGUUACAGAAAAGAAACGCAUCCAUCGGGGUAGUGGCCACUCUGUUCGGAGACAAGGAAGACGCGACGAAGCCGGAGAGAAACAGUCUGACGGAUCGUCGUGGACCAGAAGCACCUGACGGCGGUUCGCUGGAGACGCACAGCCACAGCUUCGACACCUCCCAGUCGAGGGCUCUCGCACUGGCCCUGGACAAGGAGAGGCCAGUCCUGGUGAUCCAGGGGCCUCCUGGAACAGGCAAGACCCGUCUGCUCAGCUACCUCGUCGCGCGCGUGGUGCGCCGGGGUGAACGCGUGCUCGUGACGGCUCCAAGCAACGCGGCGGUCGACAACAUGGCGGAGAGCUUGUCAGCGAGUGGGCUGAAGAACAUUGUGCGAGUCGGGAACCCUUCCAGGAUAUCUCCGUCUGUGGCUCCCAUGUCCCUGGGGCAGAUCGUGGCCACGAGGCUCGAGAAGCUCACCCGAGAGUUCGAGACGAGGAGAUCUGCCCUGAGAAAGGACUUGAAGCGUCGCGUACAGGACGGCGGCGACGGUUCUUCAGUUCGUCAGCAACUGAAAAGGCUCGGUAAGGACUACAGGAAGGAGAAGAAGGAAGCAGUCAGGGAGGUUCUGGCAAACGCCGAGGUGGUGCUGUCGACUAACACUGGCGCGGCUGACCCACUUGUGAGGGGGACUGGAGGUUGCUUUGACCUGGUGAUUAUAGACGAAGCUGGACAGGCGAUUGAGCCAUCAUGUUGGAUCCCUAUGUUGCAGGGGAAGCGUUGCAUUCUUGCCGGUGACCACCGGCAGCUUGCACCCGUAGUGCUUUCAAGAGAGGCCAUGGAAGGUGGGCUGGGCAUGUCUCUGUUAGAAAGGGCUUCGUCGCUGCACGACGGACUGCUCGCUACGACGUUGACGACACAGUACCGGAUGCACGAGUCUAUAGCUAGCUGGGCGUCGAAGGAGAUGUAUGACGGAUUGCUUCGGUCAUUCCCGUCCGUUGCUUCUCGACUCCUCGUCAAUUAUCCAUCUGUCAAGGUCACUUGGAUGACUCAGUGUGCGUUACUUUUACUUGAUACCCGGAGGGCGUAUGGAAGCCUAAAUAUUGAUUGUGAGGAGAGUUUAGACCCAGCCGGUACUGGUUCAUUUUACAACAAUGGUGAGGCAGAUAUAGUUGCACAUCAUGUCCUCAAUCUUGUACAAUGUGGAGUCCCUCCAACUUCAAUUGUUGUUCAGUCCCCUUACAUCGCGCAAGUGCAACUGUUACAAGAUAGACUACAAGAAUAUCCGAUGGCUUUUGAUGUUGAGGUUUCAACAAUAGAUAGCUUCCAGGGUCGGGAAGCAGAUGCAGUCGUCAUAUCCAUGGUUCGAUCAAACUCCAUGGGAGAAGUCGGAUUCCUUGCCGAUAGAAGACGCAUGAAUGUAGCUAUUACAAGGGCAAAGUCACAUGUCGCAGUGGUUUGUGACACUUCUACUAUUUGUAACAAUGCUUUCCUGGCUAGGCUCCUCCUCCAUAUCCGGCAACAUGGUCAGGUUCAGCAUGUGGAUCCCAGUUCCUUGGAUGGGGGCUUUCACCUGCAAGCCUUACCCUCUUUAGGCUAGCGAUCUUGCCAUGAAAUGUGACAUGCAGUAAAUGUCGAGUUCCAUAAUAUGGUUGAAAAUUAUUCCUUCUAUGCCAUGAAACCUACAACAAUACAUUCUGUACCAUCAAAAGUUGUGUGCUUUCUUCAUGGCUAUCCAUUUUUUUCAAGGUGUCAUUUAGAUGGAUGUUGUCCAUAACAGGAAUCCUAAAGAUUCCUGUCGGCUAAAAUAAUUCUCGUUGGUCUUUGACCAGGCCGACGGGAAUAAGGUAAUCUCCGUCGGCCGUCAAAUAGCCGACGGGAAUUAAUUUAAUUCCCGUCGGCUAACGUACUAGCCCACCGAAAUUAAUUUAAUUCUCGUCGGCUAUCUUAUGGCCGAUGGGGAUUAGCUUAACUCCCGUCGACUUUGGACUCUGGACGAUGGGGAUUACCUAACUCCCGUCGGCUAGUAUUCCUAGCCGACGGGAAUUACGUUUUUAAGAGCCACGACCUAUUCCCCACACGGGCUCAUUUUCAAACAUCGUCUUCUUCAACGUUGUUGUCGCCGUCGCCCAUCGCCGCCGCCCCACUGUUGUCCUGCCCCACCGCCGCCGCCGCCCCAUAGCCAUUUCCCGCCCCACCGCCGCCAACGCCCUACACCACCCACCGCCGUCGCCCUCCGUCGGUCUGCCCCAACGUCGGUCCGCCCACCGCCGGUCCACCUGUCGCCGGCGCCCACCGCCGCUGGGACUGUCCAUCACCGUGGCCGCCACGCCCCUCACCACCGCGUCGGCCCCCGCAAGCUCCUCGAACGGACAUCGUGUGUGCCGCCAUCCGGCCCGCGCAAGCUCCUCCACGGGACAACGUCGUUUGAGUCAUCGAUGUAUAAUCCUAGACCUAUGCAAUGCAAAUGAAAGUGUGAUUAAUUAGAGAUGCUAAAUAUGUAUAUUGAGGCGUUUAUUUUCGUCGGUUUUUUGUGGCCGACGGGAGUUAACAUUUAUGCGAUUAGAGUUAGCUUACGUUUGUUAAUUGAUAAUGUUAUUAGUCUUCAUAUGACUUUAUACAUUGUAGUUGCUAUUUUUAAUUUUAUGUUGCAAAUAUUAAUUGUUGUGAAUAUUGUAAAUUGAUGAAUGUCAUGUAUGUAAGUAUUGAUUAUACUACCUCAUUGUUGCAACUAUAUAUAUACCAUACAUGGUAUGUGUGACAUGUAGAAACAUGAAUGUCUCACACAUACUCUUACUCGUACACAGCUACAAUAAUGGGUGAUAUAUGUCAUUGGAUGUAUGAAGGUUUCAAGAAGGGUGGGUGUCACACAAGUGAAUGGUUUGCCAAGACUCAAAUGUUUCUGGACCAUACAACUGCUUUGUCACAAAUAGAUAAUAUUAGGUGUCCAUGCAAUAAAUGUAGAAAUAUGACGAGCCACACCAAGAGGCAGGUCACACUAUGGUGUUUGGUCGUAUUUGUUUCUUAACUCGUGCACACUAUAUUUUUCGUGAACUAAACACUUUAACUUAUCUCGUUGUUGCUAUUUGAAAUGUUUAUGUAAUUCUCGUUGAUGAUGUGAAGUAUUUGUGAACUAUGUCAA